AUGUGGAUGAAUGAGAUCAAAGUGCCUUUGUCUGCUCUCCUUGACUCUGGCACAGAAGAGAACUUCCUAGACCACAAUCUCGCUCAACAAGCUGGUUUGGAGCUGGUGCCUCUGGAAACUCUCGUGGUCCUCUCUCCCACAUCCCUCUCUCUUCCUCACUUGUGGUCCUCCCCCCUCAUCCCUCCCUCUUCCUCACUUGUGGGCCUCACUCCCUCAUCCCUCCCUCUUCCUCACUCGUGGUCUUUCCCCCCACAUCCCUCUCUCUCCCCCUCUCGUGGGCCUCACUCCCACAUCCCUACCUUUCUCCCCCUCUCGUGGUCCUCUCUCCCACAUCCCUCCCUCUUCCUCACUCGUGGUCUUUCCCCCCACAUCCCUCUUUCUCCCCCUCUCGUGGUCCUCUCUCCCACAUCCCUCCCUCUCCCCCACUCGUGGUCGUCCCUCCCUCGGCCUCCGUGA